UGGCCCCGCCCACCGGUUGCCACGUCCGUGCGGCGCGUGCGGCGGGGCCGGCGCGCGCGGGUCUGUGUGCAGCCAUGAUGCCCGUGGCCACCGUCAUGCCCGAUGACACGCCCAUGUUCGACCCCAGCAUCCUGCAGGAGCUGGACUGGAGUGAGAACACCACCACCUUCUCUCCUGCCAUUUCUCCACUGGAUCCAGGGGAUGGGCUGGUCCUGAGGCCACUUUGCACAGCUGAUGUAAAUCGAGGCUUUUUUAAGGUUCUGGGUCAGCUGACAGAAACAGGAGUGGUGAGCCCGGAGCAGUUCAUCAAAACCUUUGAGCACAUGAAGAGGUCUGGGGAUUACUACGUGACCGUGGUGGAGGACACCAACCUGGGCCAGAUCGUGGCCACAGCAACGCUGGUUAUAGAGCAUAAAUUCACCCACUCCUGUGCCAAGAGAGGCAGGAUAGAGGAUGUGGUGGUCAGCGGGGAGUGCAGGGGGAAGCAGCUCGGAAAACUAUUAACGUCCACCCUCACCUUGCUAAGUAAGAGACUGAACUGUUACAAAAUCACUUUGGAGUGUCUGCCCAAAAAUGUGGAUUUCUACAAGAAGUUUGGCUACUUGGUAUCUGAUGAGAACUACAUGUUUCAACGGUUCUUUAAUUAACAAUUUGAGGUGUUCUGGGUUCUUUUUUUUUUCUUGGAAAGACUGUUGGUGGAGGAGCUUGUGCUGCAAACAUUCUCUCCGUGGAAAAUUUCUAUAGUUUAUUGCUGCAGAUAUAACAAUCCCUAUAAAUAAUGAACAUCAAAUGUGUAAA